GAGGCGAAAUUGAAAAGUUUUUGGCGUUAUGGCGUCGUCCACUGUUGGGAGCUCCGAGUUUGAGGAGACGAUUGUUACUGCUUCCCCUUCACGCCGUGUACGAGAACUUUUAGCUUUGUGCUUCAGUUCAGUUGAAGUUGGAGGAGGAGGAGGAUUUAAAGACUUGGAGAGCGUAGUGAAAGAACUUGUCAGCUAUCUGAAUUGUUUGGCCGAGAACGAUGAACUGGAAAAUGAUGUUAUUGAAGUUUUAGAUGAAAUUUUGAAAGUUGUAUCAUCUCCUCAAGUGGAUCAGGAGGUUAUAGAUGAACUGUCAUUUCAGUUGCCGAAAGUAACUUCCAAGUUCGCAGACCUAUCAAGCAGAUGUUUACAGUUAGUUGAGGAUAUCGUUGAUCGAUUUGUGGAAGCAUGCAAUCCACGGGACAUGCUUUCAAUUCUUUGUGAGGCACUUGAUGCUGCAAGGUGCUCUCUUUCACCCUCUAGUUGUUCCACUCCUUUAUUACAUGGGCUCUCUAAAGUAUUUAUUUCAAUUCAGAGGCGUCACUUCGAGCAACUAAAGGUUGCAGUUCCAGUUGUCCUGAAUGUUUUGAAGGACAUUUCAUUGGAAAAAGAUGUGCAAGUUGAAGAUUUAUUUGAUAAGGCUGUAGGCAUUGCUAUUUCAAUUCGAGAUGUUUCUUCAAAACUGAAGAACGAAGAAGAAGUAAAAGUCCGUUGUUUGCUCGGUCUCUAUGUGAUACAGAUAACGGCUAUUCUUUCAGUUAGCAUCAGAGACAAAGCGGCCUCAUGUGUUCCUCUGUUGAUGCAGUUAGAACCUUUCUUGACAUACUGUGGUUUAACACAUCUUGGUUUAAUCACGGAGAGUGACACUGAAAAAUUAAUGAGCACUGUUGCUGGAGAUGAUGAUGAUUACGUCAGCUCUUUCCCUGACAUCAAAUUGGGUGCAUCACUUUUACUCAUCUGGACAAAGAUCUCACAAGAGGUUGGAGAGGCUACUAAUGCAGCUUUAGGAAGUGAUGUAGAUGAGCUUCAAAGAAAUUUAGUGAAAAGGUGGCAAGCUUAUGGGAUGUUGAAAUAUAUACUUUCCUCUGGAGAUCUGCUCUGGGCAUUUAAAAGGCACACUAUCGAGUUCUUGCUUGACAUAACAAAAGGAGUUUCUUCAUCUCAAUGCAAUGAUGAGAAAAUAGAUUGUUCACACUACACACCUAGCAUCUACGCUGCUUUACAGGCUGUUACAUUAGUGAUCAUCUAUGCCCCAGAAGCAGAUCUGAGAAAAAAGACAUUUGAGGCACUGAAGAGGAUUCUUUCUGAUAUCCCAGCUCCUCAGAGGUUUCACGUUUUAAGAGCCCUUGUCACGAAUUCCCAGUCUUCCUCAAUGACAGCGAUCCUUCUCGGUCUAUUUAAAGACAGCAUGAGCAGCAGUAGUUUGCAAGGUACAGAUUGUGCGACCGCUGAUAUGCUUGUUAUUGAGCUAGUGGAGUUGGUCUUAAGGCCUCCAAAAGGUGGUCCUCCACUCCUUCCAGACCAAAGUGAUGCGGUUCUGGCAGCACUGAACCUCUACAGGUUUGCAUUGUUAUUUAAUCCAGGAGAAAAUGAAGCAGGUAAAGAGAGGAGCAGAGUAAGCAGUGAAGUUUUGUCAAAGAAGAAUCUGGAGAAAGCGUACAAAGAGUGGCUUCUGCCUCUUCGAACUGUUGUGAGCUGUAGCAUCGCUGAGAACGCCAAGGAGGAUCACGGUCACGAAUCUUCAUUUGACAGUGUAUGCCUUCUGAACCCAAUUGAAUCGGUUCUAUAUAGAUGCAUCGAACUCGUGGAAGAAAAGCUGACGAGACAUGUGUAAAAAAAAACUAAACAAUCGUGAGCACCACAGUCCUGUUUAUGUGUUAACGUUGGGUGUUACAAAAAUUUCUGCGUGAUGUUUUAUUGACAUUUCCCUGUAACUUUGGUUAUUCCAAAUUCAGUCGUGGCACUUUGAUUGAUCAAAUCAUAUCUAUUGAGGAAGAUUUUAUUGUCACACAAAACCAUCUGAAACUUUUGAUAUAGAAA